CUAGAAAAGAAAGAUGAGAUAAGAUCACAGAACACGUUCUCUCCAUCGAGAUGAGAUGAGAUGAGAUGGGAACCAAGCAGAUAAGAUCAGAUAAGAUCACAUACGAUGUGAUAGAUGAGCUAACCAAAGAGGCUAGCUCAGCUGAGCUGGGCGACAAUGCGGAAAUUGAGAAGGUGGGAGAUCCACAAAAGGUCAUCUAUGCAUUUGGGCCUGAGGUCACAGGCGAAAACGUGGAAGGCAAAGUGCGUGAGAUGUCCGUUCAGAAGUACAACGGUCGGACCUAUUAUCAGUACUAUCUGGAGGUUCCCCAGCAUCUGCUAGUCAAUGUGACAGCUGGAGGCAACCGACUGUACAUCUUCAGCAUCAGAGCGAAUGGCCGCCAGUGGAAACGUGAAGAAGAGAGCCUCCGGCAGAUAAACGACUCCUUCCGUGUUGGCUGAACCAAGUGAAGUGAAGGUCUCUCUGAAAACCCCGCCCGCGUUCCAACAUCCAAGUUUCAAGGUGCAUUAAUGGCUCGGCGUCACAUUCUGCGCUCUCAGCCUUUGGUUUCUGGGUUCUAGACUCAAGGUUGAGGGCUCAAGGUCCUGGUUUUGCUUGUUUCUUUUUUUUUCUUUUUUUCCGGACCAUUUUUUUUUCCAUUUAUGCGUGUCAUCCUUGCACAGGGGCCAUUUGCUAAUGUUCUCUUUAUCUGUAUCGUUCCAAUUUUUUAACGGAUGUCCCGAAGGACGGUUGUGCUCAGUUCUUGAUUUGCUGGGCAAGGAACAGUUCAGGGUUUAUCGUUCCAGCUUCGGGGUUCUGGUUUCUUAAACCACCACUAAAUUUCCCGCUGUUGGGGAAAAAGGGAAACUAAUAAAAUAAUAAAAUAUCCUACUCCUAAAAACACGGAGGCCGGGGCCGACGACAACCGCCGUUGAUAAAUCUCGCCGCCGGCCACCGGCGGCCGUCGUUUCAUUUCGGCCUCCUAAAGAUGCGGGGGCCCGACGGCAGCCCACAUGGGAAAAGGUAGUGGUGGUUUAACUCUGGGUUCGAAUUUGGGGUCCGCAGCUCAGCGUUCAGGGUUCUGGGUUCUGGGUUCAGGGUUCUAUCUAGGGUUGUAGGGGUGUAGGGGUGUAGGAUCUGCGUGCCGGUGUCCUUCACGACAUCCGUUAAAAUUGGGACGAUACAUACAAGAGAUAAGCGUGGGCCCUCCUCAAGGAUGACACACUUAAAUCUAGAAAGGUCCAAAUCUAAAUAAAUAUAUAUAAAAAAAAAGAAGAAGAAGAAGGAAAAAUCCGAAAAAAAAAGAAAAAAAAAAAGGGAGAAAACAGAAAAAAGGAUCUGCAUGAUGGUGCCCCAGCUCUGGCUUCUGAUCUGUGGUCCAGGUUUUAGGAUUCUGGGCAAAAAAUAAUAAUAAUUAAAAAAAAAAAAAAAAAGAAGGAUUCUGGGCUCUUGAGUUCGGGUUCGGCUCCGGACUCAGGGUUAGGGUGGUCAAGCUAGCGUUCAGGGUUCUGGAUCUUUGGUCCUAGGUUCUGGGUUCUGGUCUUUCUGCGUUCUACCGUCUUCCCCUGAAUAGAACGUAAGGUCAUUAUCGCCGUAUCUAGACUGGAAGUUACCCCAAGUACGGCUAUAUUGAUGCUGUAUCUAGACUGAAGGUUGCCCCAAAUAUACAGCUAUAAUGACCGUACGUUCUAUUCAAACGAAGACAGUAGUUUCUGAUUUAGGGUUUCUGGAAUCCGGGCUCCAGUACAGGGUUCAGGGUUCGAGGCCCUGGGGCCUGGGUUGUGUUUUUUUCAGGUCUGGGUUCAGGAUUUAAGGUUCUGGGCCCAUGGGUUCGGGUUUAACUCUGGGUACGGAUUAUGGGCCUCAAGGUACCAAGCUUUCGGUUUUGGGCCCUCGGGUGUGGUUUCUCAGGUUUGCGUCCAAGGUUUAAGGGGUUUUAGGGUCCUGGGUUCGGAUAAUGGGCCUCCAAAUUCAGGGUCAAGGUACCACGCUUUCGGUUUGGGCCCUUGGUUUUGGUUUCUCAGGUCUGGGUUUAAGGGUUUUAAGGUUCUGGGGUCCUCGGUUCGGGUUUAACUCUGGGUUCGGAUUCUCAGGGUCAAGGUGCUGAGCUUUUUGGGUUUUGGGUUUUGGGUUAUGGGUUUGGGGGUCUUGUGCAAACUGAUUUUCUCUUGCAGAGAAGAUCAAGGUCUACGUCAGGAUUGAAACUUAGUGAAACUUUCUAGUUUCGCCAUCGAGUCACAGGCGGGUACACAUACAAACCGACAUUGACAGCAUGACUGAGAGAUAUGACAGUGUGCCUGAAAUGGUUCGGUCAGACGGUAGUAGCCUGAAAACAGUGAAAAGGGAUCUGUAUUGUCAGGAUUGCCAAAUGCCAAAUGGAUACACUGAUACACUCCAUUCUUUUUCUUAGCUGCCCAGUAUGAGUAGGAAACCUCGAACGAGUUCUCGCAUGAG